UAGAUCAAAGUCUAAUUCAAAAGUUCCCAUGUCGUAUAAGUUAUCUACGAAGGGUGGGCCCCUAGGAGAAAUCACUGCACUCGGAAAUAGAACUGCAAAAAAGGAUGCGUUUUUUUGUAUGCGUUCGGGCCUUUUGGCGAAAAUCUUAUUGUUCAUUUCGGGUGGGGGUUCAUAAUAAGGGUUUGUCGGGUAAUGAAAUUUUUACCUGAGCUUCGAGCAAUGCAGUUUGCUUUCGUGUUUAAAGAUUUUAGUUUAGUGCGCGCUGUUCAUUGGAUUACAGACUAGAAUUACGAUUUUGUUUCGUUGUGAUGUCGAAGUUAAGUGGAAGGUGGUUGUUGGUGGAAUGGGGUGACGGGAACUCGAGUGUCGUGAAUGUGCGGGCGCUGGUGGAUGGAGACCGGGAGCUGAAGGUAGACGACGAGGUGGUCAUCGGUCGCAGGGGCGGGCGGACUCGGCGCGGGAAACUUGUUAACGUGUCGGACGACCGCGCGUGGCUGCAGCAGCAGGUGAUCACCAUCACGGCGGAGCCCGAGCCGACGCCGCGGCUGUACGACGAGCCCGACCCCGGCGCGGGGGACUUCUCCGCCAGCGACUCCGAGUGGGGGCCCGACUCGCCUGACUCCAGCGACUCGGAAAAAGAGACCCAAUCCAAAAGAAUCAAAAUAGAAGCCAUAAAGAAACAGUACAGCAACAGAAGUAUCAAGAAGUCCCGGACACCGACAUUACGGGCCGAGGCCGUAAUUCCAGCGAGCAUGCACACAAACAACGCCAACCAAUCGCUAGGACAUGCUAAAGUUAAGAAGAGAAAGCUUCAAGAGGCAAGACGAAGCCUGCCAGUGGAACAAGCCAUACCUGACUCUACUCGCAGCCAAUCAAAACCGAGGAAAAGACCUCAAGGAGCCAUACCCAAUGGAAACAUAACAGUCAGUGCUGAAGAAUUCGCCAAAGUUAAAAGAGACCUCAGCGAGUUCAGAAAUAUGCUAAAGCUAAUCAAAGACACUGUUGCUAGUCUAAGAACAACAAUUAAUCCAGACCAUUUGUAUGAAACGGUAUACGCCAGUGUGACACCUUCUAAGGAGAUACCUCGACCUCCAGAAGUAAAUGACGAGGAACUGGUUGAAGUCAUAGUACCUGAACCUGAAGAAAUAGUCGAACCAGUCAAAGUAUUAAGAGAAGCCAUGAAACUCGCCAAAAUAGUAAAACCAGUCAAGUAUGGAUUAAUUAAACAUAAUUCGAGUAAAGCAGACGCAGUCGUGGAAAAGGCGAAUACACAUAUAGGAACGAAACGGCCUGCUUCAAAUCAAACGACUAACUCUAGUGACAGUCCAGCACAUGCUUCUAUAAUUAAUGACGAAAUGGUUCCUAUUGGAAGCGGGAAGACCAUGGUACCAAAGUAUGUGUAUUCUAAGAUCAAAUGGGACUCCUACACGGCGGCAACGCGCAAACUCCUCAUGACUGUGUUUCCACGAAGAAUCCUGGCUACGCAUUCUUUAACCGGCAAGCAGUCCCCUGCGUUCGCAGACAGGCCGGCGAAGCUCUGUCUGGAUCAGAAGAAGGUGACCGACAUCAUCAUGACCGUCACCAGGAACUGCAAUGUCAAGGAACGACUUGUCAGGGCCGCCAUAACCACGAAAUGCGCUGACGAGAACAAAAUGCUGCGAAUGAGGAGCAAGAUUCAGAAGACUAAGGAAGCUGGUUCCACCCCCUUCCGCAUCCUCAACAAUCAGGAGAAUCUACCACCAGAGAACGCUAAACGCUAACCCUAGACGUUUGUAAAGACUGUUUUUUUAAUCUCAGAUACUAAAUUGACAGAUUCUGAACGGUUCAUC